GCUCCCGAACAUUUUUCCGCGGAACUUUUCUACGUAACAUUUUUCCUCGGAACCCCUCAAUUAUAAAUAGGAAGAUAACAGAAUUCAAAUGAUCGAUUUUUCAUUCAGAGCUAUUAUUGACAUCGGAGCAUUAUGAAAAAAUUAAAGAGCACCACGGAGGAUCCUCCUUAGUGAUAAAAAAGAACUUUUACUCUUUUCUCUGAUAAAAUAGCUCUGAAAUUGAUAGAACUCUUAUUUGAAUCAAUAUUUCAUUAAAAAUAGGUGAUUGCUGGAAUAAUAACUUCAUGUUUCAAUAUACCGAUGAGACGAAGAAGCAGUUGAAGUCAAUUUGCCUUGUCGAUUGGCAACUGUCUCAUUAUUCUCCACCUGUAAUUGACCUACUGUACAAUAUAUUCACAGGAACAGACCAUGAAUUCCGUGCUCAGCAUUAUGAGACGUUGUUGAAAACAUACCACACAUCAUUGAGCGAUACAAUAAGAAAACUCGGAAGUGAUCCUGAUAAAUUGUACACGUAUGAUGAUUUGAUCAUGCAAAUGAAAAAAUUCAGUGAUUAUGCAUUGUUACUGGCCCCACUAAUCAUUUCGAUUCGAGUAGCUAAAGCAAAGGACAUAUCGAAUUUGGACGAAUAUGCUGAACAUUGUGAACGAAACGAAAGUGUUGAAAUGCUUGGUAAAUUUGACGAUGACACUCAAGCUGAAUUUAGUCGACUAAUGAAUGGCCUACUCACUGAUCUUGUUGAUUAUGGUUAUGUAAAAUGUGAAUAAAAAAUGUAAAUGUGGAUGUAAACUUGAAAUUUCAAAGGUAUAGUUCAACCUAUCAACUUUUUGUUAAGCACGGAUGGAGGAAAAAAUUAGUAUCACCUAUGUUUUAUAAUUUUUACGCACGGUUAUUAUUUCUUUUUAUUAUUAAUAAAUUUGGGUUCUUUUUUUUUAUCUAGAAUUGAAUAUCAGAAUGUUA